GAAUGAUUUUUGUGCUGUAUCAUGAGGAGUAACUGAACUACAUGUGAAUGAAAAAUUAUCUACUUCUACCUGCCUCGAGGUGCUGGAGGCAGUCACGCUGCUCUUCUAGUACAACCACACGGUGCAUGUAUUACGGGACAUUGAGAAGUGUUCAAAGAGCAAGGAAGUCGGUCUGUGAGAAAAAACGAGAGUCAAAAUGGUUGUAUUAAACGGAAAACAGAGAAAGUGUUCUCAAAGCACCGUGAGACACAUAGUCUAGCCAAACCAAAGGAGCAUGCGCAAAAGUGGAAAAAGACCGCUUUUUGUUACUGUUGCCAGGACCACAAAAACGAAUUUACUUCAUAGGACCCCUUAUUCGUGCCCCUUUUUUACCCGCCCUAUUCUUUUUUCCUGACAGAAAAUCAAGUCUCAAAGGAAGGUCGCUUUCAUCAAAGCCAAAAUGAAAACUACGAGUGAUGCAGCACUGAGUUAAAGAUGCCUCGCUUGGCAGCUGGUGCUGAUGUGUGAAGAUUACACUUGUGCUUCUUCUAGAAGGUGUUUAUAAGUACCUUAAAAAAAGAUCUUCGAAGAAAAUGGAGGCUUCAAUCGAAGCCGAGUCGUCGGGUCAUCUAAGCGAGGAGGCUUCCUGUCCGACUAGAGCGACAUGGCCUCACGGCAACAGAAGGUGGUCUCGACUACAUAGGCGGCGUCGACGGCGAAAGCGGCCGCCGGGGGAUGCAGAUAACACUGGUAUUAAGGCUGCUGGAGCAGCAGGUGAGGACGACUUCGUCACUCUCUCCGACGAUGGAGUGGAAGACAAUGAAGAGGAUGCUACUUGUGCGUUUUUCGGCGAGGAUGACAUUUUUAAGGGUUACCACAUUGCAUUCUACUUCACUACCAUCCUUGACUUUUUUUCCAGUAGGAAAAGGGUCCGGGAUGAUCUGAACAAGAAUGCAAUGUCGCAAGAACCUCUAAUGACAACGACGAGGUGGAAGAGCUAGAAGGACUAGAAGGACAAGGAGCACCCUUCGAGAGUAGAAUAGGACAGCACAAGAGGUUGCUGUCGAAGAUGUACUUCCUAUCAUCAGCGGUCGUUAAUACUACAGAUAGAACAAGUGCUAGGACCACGACGUCCUCGUCAGUCAAGCAUCGUUGGCCUUCACGACUAAAGAAGAACAUGUUGUGGGCUAGAGCUUCUGGUCACGGUUCUCUCUUCAUCUUACUCUGGAGGUGGUCAAUUUCCGUCUUUCUGACCAUGAUUUCUACGACAGUGGCCCAACGAGGAGAUCUAGAUCAUCAUCUAGAACUAGAACAGGAAAGAUCUAGAUCAUCAGCUGAACAAUUACAACCCGUUCCACGAGAAGUAGUAGAAGAUGCAAUAACAGGUUCCGCAAGUCGUUCCCUGCAAAUUGGUGUAGAGAGUCCUAGCAAUUCGUCCGCUCUCCCGCAGCCGCCUCUACUCGAUGCGUGGCCGCCAAAGCCAGUGUUAAGGCUUAGACUUCUCUAUAUAUAACUCAUCUUGUGAGAGGUGGCAUCCUUGGCGUGCUUUCAAGGAAGGACGAAAACUAGGCCAAAGAUGCACGACCCCAAGAGGAAUUUUUAUAGCGGUAAGGACUAAGGUCUUCUAACAGUGCCAGCGGCCGCAGGUGUAAAUCCGUGGCCAGCCACGCAGCCUUGGCUACUACAGGUGCCGAAAUAUUCCACCAUUGAAAUCGCAUUCAACGAUGACGCCUGUUGGGUAGUGUCUACGGUGUCGAUCUUCAAUGCGACGAGGAGAACUAGGGAAUUGAGUGGAUUUGAAUUGGAGGAUGGAGUUGGAGAUGGAGUUGAAGUGGAGGAUCAACAAAGUACAAGUAGGCAUAAUGUUCAUGUUGUUGAUCACGUUCAUGUUGGCGCGAGGACUAAGAAUGAUAAGUGGAGGGGUAGAAGAACUGGCGCGAGGACUAAAAACAGCUACAUCCCUGCAAAAACAUCAGAGCAACUUGAGCAAGAGCAGAUUGAGAAAGAGCUGAGACGCGUAAUCGAGGAUGCGGAGUUGAAUGCGAUUUUUCGUCGACUGCUAGAGGGCAGAGCUCCGGAAGAUGAAGCAGGAGACAGGAACGGGGAAGGUAGUUCAGACGGUGGUCAACUAGAUUCUCUGAGUCAGGAAGAGAGGGAAGCUCUGCUGCAGGAUGAGGACUACAGGAGACGCGAGAUGGACCCGUCUGUUCUUGAAGUGAGGAUAGAUCCUACCAGUGGCACAUCGAUUCUGCCGGAAUUGCCGGCUGUGUUUGAUGCUGGAGACGAGGAUUCUAGAGGUAGUAGUGUCCAUGGGGCCUUGUCUGAAGUGGAUAGGAAGAAUAGGGAACAGGAGCAGUUGCGGCCUCAUCCAAACAUCGCUCGUCUGAAGGAGAAAGGGGUAUUGAAGCCCUUUUUAGGAGAGAGUGAGUUCGAACUGGCGCAGUCGCGGAGUGGCGGGAAAUGCAUCAAUUUUCGAGAACCGGAGUGUGAAAAAUACAAAGUUGAUCUAGAUCUAGAUCAUGAAGGAGGAGCACGUCCAGGAGAUGAGCAUGAGUCAUCGUCCUUAUUUACAGGAGAUGACGCAACGACUACUUCUACUGCUACCUCUCUACUACAGAGCAACGAAAAAACAGUGCUACAACCAGGAGCCGCGAUGACAAGUGCUUGGAGGCGUGGGAGGGCAUAUCUCACGUCCUCGCGGAAUUUUCAAACAAUACGGCAUAGAAGUCCGGACUUUGCUGAAGGAGAAAUGCUGAAAAGUUGGGAAGACCAAGACGAAGAAGAGGCGUCGAAGAUGUCUGAAGAAGGUGGAGAGGAGCAGACGUCGAGUUCUAGAAGAACUCCUAUUUCUGUGGCAUCAACAUCAGCUAAUGCACCACUAGUAUCUGCGUCAACAGAGGAUGACACUUCUCCCGUUCCGAAACCACAUCCAUCUGCGUCAACAGAUGAUGACACUUCUCCCGUUCCGAAACCACAUCCAUCUGCGUCAACAGAUGAUGACACUUCUCCCGUUCCGAAACCACAUCCAUCUGCGUCAACAGACGAUGACACUUCUCCCGUUCCCAAACCCUAUCCCUUCAGCGUUGCUCUUCGGACUACAGCGAAGCCUUCCACUGUUACUAGAAAAGAACGUCCCUACCCUGGAAUACUACGACAACUUCGGACAAAGACAGUAGAGGACCAUGACGAGGCUAGCAGAAGUCCAAGACGGAGUCGGAGAGUGUUGAGUAGCAAAAAUUAUAGCGAUGGGUCACUUGACAUUGAUGCAGGUCGUGUCUCCUCGCUUUCUGCCAUUUCUGUCACGACUUCAACAAGACGACGCCACUUACAGGAAGACCUUUCUGCCACGACUUCAACAAGAGGACGGGACCUAGUACAGGACCCCCAGCGUCGUUCCUUAGCCGAAGCUUACCUCAUUACGGCAGCUACUUCUCCAGGAGAUGGACUUGCGCGAUGUAAGUACCUCGCGUACCAGAAAGCCGCAGCUUCGAUUACCUAUGACUCUACUACGAAGAUUUGCAUCCUCUACCAGACGGUGGAUGGCGGGAUGCUGAACAAUUUCUGUCAAUGCGGAGGCUUCCUCGGAUGGGAACCACAGUACGCGGAAUACGUAGGGAUUGAACGAUUUAGUUGGCGCUUGGCGAGGGGGAAGAAGUUAGGUCGACGUAUCUGUAGUUUUGUUGGUUUGCCUAUUCGCUUGUUUUGUAGCACUGUUGAUGUGUAUUUCUUGUAGUUUGUGUAUUUGUAGUUUGUGUAAUUGUAGUUUGUGUAUUUGUAGUUUUGUUAGUGCUGUCGGUUCCCCUGUAGUUCGCCGAUUGAUGUUGUCCUUUUAAUGCUGUUGGUACCCCUGUAGUUCGCCGAUUGAUGUUGUCCUCGUAGGUGCCUUUACCACAUCUUCUGUACUAGGACCACGAGACCCCGCUCCUCAGAUCAAAAACAAUAAAAUUCUCUUUAGAUCUAUUCCUUCUUUUUUUUCAUCGUCCAUCUCUAAUCUGCCUCGACGGCAGUUGUCUCCCCGAGCGUUGCGCACUCAAGGACAUGGACCCAGGGAAACGGUGGAAAUUCCGCAUCCGCCUGCACUGCGAAACAGAAAAUCCAUUGGUCGCCUCCUGGAGCCCUUUGAGUGGGAUCAUUCGUUCCAUGAACCUGCCGCCGGCAACUGGCGAUGGCGGUUUCAGUUCCGCCUCUGUUGCAGGUGGGGCCAAUGUUUUGGGCGAUUUGAAGUUGUGUUAAGGCUCAACUUUCAUUGCUCAUGGGGGUUGCUCACUGAGAUCGCAGAAGAACAGGGGAUUGGUCCUUAGAGAUCUAAGGGGAGGGGAAAACUACAAGGGGAAAACUACAAGGGGAGAGGCAUGGGGCAUUCUUUUUUCAGAAUCAGUGACCAAUGAAUGUCGACCUUUAAUUGUGGUUGCGGAGUGAGAUGGGAUUAGCGACUAAGAUGGAAGAAUGGGCAGCGGCGUUGCAGGCAGUGCAAUACAUCACACUUCCGGAUGGAACAGAGUUGGCGCAACAUAGUCUUAUGAAGAAGAGGAUGAUGUACUAAUAGUAAGAACCAAAGCAAGUUUAGACAACAACAAGGAAUCCUCUCCAUUCGCUAAUCCCUCCUUCUUCCACGACGCUAAUCCCUCCUUCUUCCACAACAACCUACUAAUGAUACUCUAGUACCUCUUCUACGAUGAUGUAGUAGUACUAACCACAUCAAGUUUCAUCAGUAACAAGCGUAGAUCAUCAUCCAUGUCUAAAAAAAUUCAAAAUUCCCUUUCUCUAACCCCUCCUUCUUCUACGACCUAGAUUUCUCAAAUCCCUCCUUUGGUUAUGAUCUAGAAUCCCAAAAUCCCCUUUCUCUAAUUCCUCCUUUUUUUAUGAUCUAGAAGCCGUCCUCCGCGCACACGUUUUCCACUUGCGUGCUUACGCCUUAGAGCUCAGGGUCGAGGCUGCUGUGGUGGGAACGGGUUUGCCUGGUGGGUUAGACCUCCAGGACGUGAUGACUUUGACUCAAGACGGCAUCAUGCAGCUCGUUGCCGGCGGAGACGAGCCGAAUCUCAGUCAUGGUUACAUAGGCAUGCGAGCCACCUUCGAAGUGUUUGGAGGGAUCAACUUCAUCGACGUGGCGCAGACAGAGUCCAUGAUUAGGAGUCAUCUGCACAGUCUCAUCUGGAUGCGGGAUGGCCUCACGCCCUUGGAAGUGGAGCUUUUAGUGCCUCAGUUGGAAUUGGUGGCUCUCACAGCGACAACGACAGUGGACCCGACAUUGAGGGAAUCAAUGCUGGACUUUCAGGGGGUAAUUCGUUUUAGUGUUUGUGUUUUUGAAUCAAAGGAUGUACUAGUCUGCAACUUAUAUAUAGAUCGUUCCACCUACUUAUAUGCUUAUAAUCCUCCUCUUUGAAUAAAACAAGUUUCAUCCCCUCCAUCCAACAACUCGAUCUCAGGCCUUCGGCGCUUCUGCUUCAGGCUAUACUACUGCCGCCGACGCUGUUGGCUACUUCCUAUUCGCCUUGGGAUCACUCCUCUACUUGCUUGCCGCGUUCUCGUAUUACCAAGUGUUCAUCGUCAAUACGGUAAUCGACCCGCAAACAGUGCUGCCAUGGCAGUUCUGGCUCUGCUGCUGCAAUCGAGUGCCCCAUAACCACUACCUCUUGGCAAAGAACAUGAGGAAAACGAGAGGAUUUUGGUAUAGUAGAUAUGCUUUGCGAUUGUGCUGUUUGUUCAUUUUCAUGUCUUCUGUGAAACGCACUGAUGUCUUCCGAGCCCAGACUUCUCGAGCCAUGGCCCCUGCCUGUGGCAUGCCAGAAAUCUCUGAAUCUUAAUCUUAAUCCCCUCGACCUUGCUAUUGCUGAUUCUAAGGCGCACCGCCGCGUCCUUGCAUUUCCCUACGUAUUCAUUGAUGCUUUCUAACUCCAGCGUCUUCACUAUCCAUCCUUGGUGUUCACUCCGCCCAUCUUCACAAUCCCUCGAGGUUCUACUGGCUCCGCUACCACUUGGCAUGGCUCGCAUGCCCAGUCAUUGGACCAGCAUUGCUACAAAUGUGGUGGACCCUCCAGAUUGACGCCUUUUCCGAAGAAGGUCUAAUGCCUGCGCCAGACAGCAAAUACAAUUGUACCAGAAAUAGAUCGGAUAUAAUGUUAAUAUACUAAGUAGCCUCCACAAGCUUCGCCCGGCUUCAAGUUAGUUUAGCACUUUCCUGCAAUUUUUAAGAAUUUAUACAAUUGUACUAGAAAUUAUAGAUGACCAUCAUGAUGAUCUUCUUUGUCUUUCUUCGUUGUCGUGUUGUAGUUUCAUCUGUUUUCCCUUAUAUUAGUAAUGACGCGACCACGAGAACCCAGCACGAGAACCCUGCGGCAUGAUAAUUGCUCUAAAGUACUUACUCUGGUUAGGCACAUACAUACAUACAGAUAGACAGACAGACAGACAGACAUACAUACUAUCCCUUGUCCUUCCUCCCAUCAGAUCAAGGUAUGGCCUUGCGGUGGGCAACGCUACUCCGCAGAAAACGGCUCAGACCAAUCUUCAAGAAGGAUGAAGCAGGAGUUGAGAGUGUAGAGUAUCAGGUGCAGCCGCCUCCAAAACGGAUAAAGGAUAUAGUUCCAGAAGCACCAGAAUUGCCGCCAAGGGGCUCGUUGCUGCUACCAUUUUACUUGCUGUUCGUUCUCAGGGUACUCUUUACUUCUAAGAGUUGCUUCUAGACAGUCGUGUAGUUGCUACACUGACUAAGAGUUGCUACACUCUUGCUACACUCUUGUUUUUUGCUUCUUUUCUUGAAAUACUCGACCAUCAUGAAGUAUUGUAAGACCACGAAGUCCUGCCUCUUCGUGGUCAGCAUGCAUGAAGACCCUUUUUCCGCUCUCUCACUUGAACUGAGUACUACACUGAUCCCUUUCCAACUACAGCAUCCUCUUCCUCACCGAUCCCACGAUCCCACUCCUACCUCCAGACUUACAAGUGGCGAGACUAUCUACAGUGGGUGAAGCACUACAUGGCGUUUGUCUUCUUUCUACCGUGGAUCUGCGGAGAAUACGACUACAGCCAUCGUGUCAAUCGGAUGUGUAUUGUUUACACUAUGUUUGAUCUCACGACUACAGCCAUCGUGGCAAUCGGAUGUGUAUUGUUUACACUAAAUGUUUGAUCUCACGACUACAGCCAUCGCGUCAAUCGGAUGUGUAUUGUUUACACUAAAUGUUUGAUCUCAUGACUACAGCCAUCGCGUCAAUCGGAUGUGUAUGGUCGUUUACAUCACUUGGAAUUCUUCAGUGGAUGGCCUUUCUUUGUGACACACAGCGCAAGCAUCCACUGGGUUUCCGGAAACCUCAAACUCUGUCUCCUUUUUCGUACCAUUGAGAUGAUACUUGUACUUACCCCACAUCCAACUCCAAGUCAAAACUCACUUCCCUCCUCCUCCCCCCUCAACACCAGCCGUCGUCGUGAAGUCCGACCAGCAGAAGAAAGAAAUGGAAAAAGAGGCUGCUCGCAAGGUGGUGCAAGAGGAUACUAAGAAGCUUGCUGCAACUAUGUUUCUAGAGUCUGCAAUGAUGCAUGGCGGCGGCAGCAAAAGCAAUAAGAUAGCCCCAUUAGCCAUUGAAGGAGGACCUGGCGCGAUUGAGGAUCAGUACUCAGACAGAGGAGCGGGAGGGGUUUUAGGUACUUACUUCCUUACUACUUCGUAUUUGCUUAUGGAUUUUGAUUUGAUCUCAUGGACUUAGCUUUGGAUAGAUUAGUAUUUGGAUAGAAGACCACGACGCACAUGGGUUUGUUCUGUGCUGUGAUAAUCGUGUAUGAAUCGUUCAUCAGGAUUUAAAUUGAAGCAAAAGUAGAUAAAGUCAAAAUUUUGGGUUUCAGCAUUCUCAGAUGAUUGAAAUUUUAGUUCAAAUGAUGUGGAUUGAUUGCUCUGAAGAUCUCACAAUUGGAUUUCAAUUUGAUUGAAUGUGGAUAUAACUGAAAUUUCGUGGAUCCAACACUUGAAACUCAAAAUUCAAUUCCGAAAAUUCAACAGAACAUUUUUUCAACUCUCUCAAGAGAAAUCAAUAACCACAACCAAGAAUCAUCUCCUUCCUACCAGCUAUUCCCGACGACGUACGAUCGUUUGCUAGUACGGCCAAGACCAGCUCCUUGUCCGCGGAGGACCUUGCUAUCAUACGAAAGGCCAAGAACGCCCAGUUUGGUCGUCGCUGGCUCCUCUUCGCGGACCCAAAAACCAAGCGGCUCUACUGGCACAAUCGCGACACGAAAGUGCAGGUGAAAGUCGAUGCCAAGUAUACGAAGAACCUAAGACUCAUGGCCCCAUGGGAACUCGAGCAUCUGAGAGAGCAAGAAGACGCAGCAAGGCUUCGCGCAGAGCGAGAGGAAGAGGAAGAGGACGACGAUGAUUUGGAUGACUAUGGCUUUGGUUGUUGAAAAUGUUGAAAUGUUUAAAAGAUGGAGUUGUAAAAAUAAAUGAUAGAUUAAUAUAUGACGAGAUGGUCAGCAUUCUCAUCAUCAUGCUAGUCGUAUAUCUACUUAUGCAAUGCCAAUAGUAUGCUAGUCUCAUAUCCACUUAUGCAAUGCGAAGAAUAGUAUCGAGUGGUUUACUCUGUUUCUACUCCUUGUGAUGAAACUCCACAACCCCGUUCUAAGAAUCCUCGGUCUCAGGCGGCGGCCUAGGCGGAGACGAUGAUGAGGAGGACGGAGGGCAGCCACCGACGUUCAUGACGGAAGAAGGCAUGCAUAACUUGGUUUUCCCAGAAGACGAGGAUGUUGAGGAGGAAGAGAUACAAGAAGGCGGCAACAGCUCUUCUUCAUCUUCGAGGAGUAGACGUCCUGACAGGAGAGCAGGCCUCACGAGCAACGACUCUUCUUCAUCUUCGAGGAGUAGACGUCCUGACGGAGGAGCAUCUACAUCAGAUGUUUUGCUGGCAUCAGAUGUUUUGCUGGGUCCACCACCUCAACAAAUGAUGUAAAGGAAAGUGGAGGUGGUAAACCAAAUGGUGGAAGAUGUUGUGCUUUAGCUACACUAGUUGCUCUUAAUAUUACUCGAACCCUAGGUAGUUUGACUGAUAAGUGAACAGGCCAACGCCUAAACCACUUAUCAGCUCUUGCUCGAAACUACUGAUCUUCUAGUUGUCAGAAGAUGGACGAAGUUUGCUGUAAAAAUCGAGUUUACUGAGACGACAUUGUUCCGAUGCUAAAAGAACGAUACUUUUGAAAACUUGUUGAUUAUCGAGAUGAUUCCUUGUACUCACGAAAAGUGCUAAGUACUCUUGAAUUCUUGAACUUGACCUUGAACGAGUGUUGCAUGAAGAUGGUACUUACAACAACUUUUGAUAGAAAGUUUUUGACCUUUGAUUUUGAUAGAAAGUUCACCUUUGUUGAUAGAAAAUUGUGCAGCUCUUUAGCCAGGGCACCCACCCUGACUACGAUAAAGUUAGCUCUCCCCAGUAUCCUCCAAUGACCAAACUGAUGUGGCAUGCUGUGCUUGCCUGGCUGGCGUG